GUAAUCGAUUUUAAAAAAAAGAGACACGAAAGAAUCGAUAUUGUUAUAAUCGUAGGUGAGGGUAAUGAAUGACGCUAUCAUUGGGCCAUGCCUCCUCCAGGCCCAUGUUCUUUUAAUUAAAAAAAGGAUUAGAAGACGUAUUUAAGUAACCGAAGGAGAUCCUGCAAAGGAUGGAAGAGGACGUAGAUAAAAAAGAAGAACAAGAAAUUGUUGUAAAUAAACAAUCCUGUUCUUCCCCUAAUUCGGACGAACAACUUAAAUGUUCUCUCUAUCUUUCCUGCAGUAGUAUUAUUCCUUGUGGUCAGGAUCACCGAAGUCAAGAUGGUGAGAAUCUUCGGUCACGAUUAGAAGAAGCUAUUGGUAGUUCGGAACCUUCAGGAAAAUGGCAAAUUUUCGAAACUUUGUGCGGUUUUAUUAUAACAUUUGAACGAGAAACCGAUGUGGAUAAUCUAUUACAACAUUGCGAUUUUGCACGACUUUUUGAAGGACCUGUACAAGUAGCUCGAUUUGCUGCAAGAGAUACUCGUUAUAAACAAUUUGUGCUACUUCGUGACGUACCUUGGGCAAUACCACUUCAAGAACUUAGCUCCGCGUUGGAGAUGCAGGGAAUAGCGACUGGGAUUAUCGAAAGAUCGCGUCAAUAUGUUCGAGUUGAGCUUUUGGAAGCGGAACAUUACGAGCUUCUAUUAAGACAAGGAUUAGAUUUCUUCAGUGUUGCACGCUUCAGUGCUAUUCCCGAAAGAUGGUGCCGUCCUGGAACUGGAAAUAUUGCUAUGCCACCGAUUAUUUCCGGUAAUUUCGCUCCAGGACAUUCUCCUGAAACAUCUAAUUCUCAUCAAGGCGAUAGUGUUCUUCAAUGUUAUCGAUGCCAAGGAUUUUGGCACGUGGCUGCUAAUUGUCGACAUUUGCCAAGAUGCGUUCGUUGUGGUGAACCGCACAGCGUUGAAUUUUGUCCAAGACCAAGAAAUAAUCCUAUCUGUUGUCAUUGUUCCGGCCCACAUCAUGCGGGCUACCGACAAUGUCCUGUUAGAUUGCAAUUAUCCAACGCUACUCCUAUCAGCAUCACUUUAAGCACAGCACGUGCUGAAGGCCAAUAUUCGUCGAAUCCUACAAAUAAUAAAUCAACGCCUUCACCCCAAGGGUUGUCACCAUUAAAACCAAACCUUUCUUAAGCUAUCGUUAAACGAUUUGGGUGAUCAUUUUCUCAUCUUUCCUUUGAUAUCAAUUACUUCAAAUCUUUUAAAUUUCAUGUUGAUAUCAUGCGAUCCAUGAUUCAUGUGAUCUAUAGUUAAAGACUGAUUAUAGACUUAU